AUCAAACUAUAAUCAACAAAAGAAUCUAAUCAAUAAUUAUUUUUUUAAAAUGCAAAGAGUCUGGAAACGUGGAAACUGAAAAACACGCCACAGUCUCAACGCAUUCCGGGUUGUUAUGUUGAACCUCCGCUUGAAGAACAACAUCUAAAACUCGGAAACAGAGACUAGUAUUCGUCACUACAAACCAUAAAGGGCAGUGCUGCCUGCAAACCCGAGGGGCUAGCGCAAACUCUAAUCUAACGCGAGCAGACAGACAUUGGAACGUGCAACAGAAGACACAGGGAGUCUCCCUGUCCAUUCACAUCUCCAUCAACACCACCUCCAUACCCCAAAAUCACUCCCCCUCCGAUUCCCGAAAAUCGAGGCCGAGGAUUCAGAACCCGAUAGGCCUCAGGAGCCAAGGCUCUGAUUGGGACAACAUCGACCAAUCACCAACCGGACAAUAGACACGUGACAAGGCGCGAAGCGGCGAUUUAAAUCGGAAAUUUCAACUGUCACCGCGGUCUGAGGAUUCAUCACUUCAACACAUAGCUUGACAGCUGAUGGAGGAGGAGAAUUUGCUACUUCUGGGGGAUUUGCUGAGUCCAUGUCGCUGUGCUGGAUCUGUUCGUUGUACACACCAACCCUGCCUGAUAAAGUGGAUUAGUGAGAGGGGAUCCUGGAGUUGUGAGCUGUGUUACUACAAAUACCAUGUCAUUGCCAUCAGUGCCAAGAAUCCUCUUCAGUGGCAGGCAAUAUCUCUGACGGUGAUUGAGAGAGUUCAAAUUGCAGCUGCAAUUCUCGGCUCCUUGUUCCUCAUUGCAAGCAUUUCCUGGCUCAUCUGGUCAACAAUCAGCCCAUCAGCAAAGUGGCAGAGGCAGGACUUACUCUUCCAGAUCUGCUAUGGAAUGUACGGAUUCAUGGACAUUGUCUGCAUUGUUUUAGGAAUGGGGAAUUCGUUCAGAGCCUUCCAUUUUGCCGUUCUUGGCAAUACUUGCUCGUGUCCUACGAUAUGUGCUAGGUGGCAAUGGUGUCAAGGCAGUGACAUCGACCGUGUCCAUCUCAGAUUCUGAACUAUCUUCAAC